GGAGCCAGAGGGGAAGCAGAGAAGGCGAGCGAGGCAGCAGCCCGCAGCCCGCCCCCAGCACAUCCUCAGACGCGCAGACACUCGGCAAGGCGCUAGGCGAGGUGGAGGUGAGGGCGGGCGCGAGCGAACUCGGAGAGCGGCUCGCUCGCUCGCUCCCAGGCGAUCCCAGCCGCCGCCGCCGCCGCACCACCACCACCACCACCACCACCAGCACCAGCAGCCGCCGCCGCAGCAGCUUCCUUCCUCAGACUCCCCUCUUGAGGCUGGCCAAGCGGGUGUAGCCUCUAGGGGAGGCUCCCGCUAGAGGAACCCGGUGAGGGCAAGAGCUGGGCGGCCGCCUCCCGCUCGGGCCGUCCGGCGGUCUGUGCCUCCACCCGCGUGUCGGUCCCGAGUGCCGGGAGAUGUGUGUCAGUUUACGCCUCUGAGAUCACACAGCUGCCUGGGGGCCGUGUGAUGCCCAAGACAAGUCUUGGCUUUUAUUUUUAUUAUUUUUUCCUUUUUUUAACGCUUGGCUUACGGGAAAUACUCGUGAUGUUGUAGGAUAAAGGAAAUGAUACUUUGAGGAACUGGAGAGGGCAUAGAUGCGUUUUGUUUUUAAGAGAGGAAACCCGUCCUCUCUUCCCGACUUGCUCCCUCUUUGCUGAUUUGAAGAGCUACCCUCCUCCUGGUGAGGUGGGGAUCCAGCAAGAAUAAAGGUGAAGACGGGCCGCCAGGACCCAGGAGGGAAACACUGACCAGUAGAAACCUUUGCAGAGGAUACUGUAAGGAAGAACAUAAGAGAGAGAAAAAUACAAAGACUUAUAAUUAAGCAAGAAAUCUGCAAAAACAGCUCUGGAGAAAGCUUCCUUCUCCAAAAUGGAUAUGUUUUCUCUCACCUGGAUUUUCUUAGCUCUCUACUUUUCAGGACAUGAAGUGAGAGGCCAACCAGACCAACCCUGUGGAGGUCGUUUGAAUUCCAAAGAUGCUGGCUAUAUCACCUCCCCGGGGUACCCCCAGGAUUAUCCAUCCCACCAGAACUGUGAGUGGAUUGUUUACGCCCCCGAACCCAACCAGAAGAUUGUCCUCAACUUCAACCCUCAUUUCGAAAUCGAGAAGCACGAUUGCAAGUAUGACUUCAUUGAGAUUCGGGAUGGGGACAGCGAAUCCGCAGACCUCCUGGGAAAGCACUGUGGGAACAUCGCCCCACCCACCAUUAUCUCCUCGGGCUCGGUCCUCUACAUCAAGUUCACCUCCGACUAUGCCCGGCAGGGGGCAGGCUUCUCCCUCCGCUAUGAGAUCUUCAAGACAGGCUCCGAAGAUUGUUCAAAGAACUUCACAAGCCCCAACGGAACCAUCGAGUCCCCCGGGUUUCCCGAGAAGUACCCACACAACUUGGACUGCACCUUCACCAUCCUGGCCAAACCCAAGAUGGAGAUCAUCCUGCAGUUCCUGACCUUUGACCUGGAGCACGACCCUUUGCAGGUGGGAGAGGGAGACUGCAAAUACGAUUGGCUGGACAUCUGGGAUGGCAUCCCCCAUGUCGGACCCCUGAUUGGCAAGUACUGUGGGACCAAAACACCUUCUGAACUCCGUUCGGCCACUGGGAUCCUCUCUCUGACCUUUCACACGGACAUGGCAGUGGCCAAGGAUGGCUUCUCUGCACGUUACUACCUGGUUCACCAAGAGCCGCUAGAGAACUUUCAGUGCAAUGUCCCUCUGGGAAUGGAGUCUGGCCGGAUUGCUAAUGAACAGAUCAGUGCCUCAUCUACCUACUCUGAUGGGAGGUGGACCCCUCACCAAAGCCGGCUCCAUGGCGAUGACAACGGCUGGACACCCAACUUGGAUUCCAGCAAGGAGUAUCUCCAGGUGGACCUACGUUUUCUAACCGUGCUCACGGCCAUCGCCACGCAGGGAGCGAUUUCCAGGGAAACCCAGAAUGGCUACUAUGUCAAAUCCUACAAGCUGGAAGUGAGCACUAAUGGUGAAGACUGGAUGGUGUACCGGCACGGCAAGAACCACAAGGUCUUCCAAGCCAACAACGAUGCCACGGAGGUGGUUCUGAACAAGCUGCACUCACCGCUGCUGACACGCUUCGUCAGGGUCCGUCCACAGACCUGGCACUCGGGCAUCGCCCUCCGCCUGGAGCUCUUCGGCUGCCGGGUCACAGACGCCCCCUGCUCCGACAUGCUGGGGAUGCUCUCGGGCCUCAUUGCCGACUCCCAGAUCUCUGCUUCCUCCACCCGCGAGUACCUCUGGAGCCCCAGUGCUGCCCGCCUGGUCAGCAGCCGCUCAGGCUGGUUCCCUCGGAUCCCUCAGGCCCAGCCGGGCGAGGAGUGGCUCCAGGUAGACCUGGGAGCGCCCAAGACCGUGAAAGGCGUCAUCAUCCAGGGGGCCCGCGGAGGAGAUAGCAUCACUGCCGUGGAAGCCAAGGCGUUUGUGCGCAAGUUCAAAGUCUCCUACAGCCUAAAUGGCAAAGACUGGGAGCACGUCCAGGACCCCAGGACCCAGCAGCCGAAGCUGUUUGAAGGGAACAUGCACUACGACACCCCUGACAUCCGGAGGUUUGACCCUGUCCUGGCGCAGUACGUGCGGGUGUACCCUGAGAGGUGGUCCCCUGCGGGCAUUGGGAUGCGACUGGAGGUGCUGGGCUGUGACUGGACAGACUCAAAGCCAACGGUUGAGACACUGGGACCCACCGUGAAGAGCGAAGAGACCACCACCCCAUACCCCAUCGACGAGGAGGCCACGGAGUGCGGGGGGAACUGCAGCUUUGAGGAUGACAAAGAUUUGCAGCUCCCUUCAGGAUUCAACUGCAACUUUGAUUUCCCCGAGGAGCCCUGUGGUUGGAUGUACGACCGUGCCAAGUGGCUCCAGAGCACCUGGACCGGCAGCUCCGGCCCCAGCGACCGGACGUUUCCAGAUGACAGGAAUUUCUUGCGGCUGCAGAGUGAUGGCGGGAGAGAGGGCCAGUACGCGCGGCUCAUCAGCCCCCCCGUCCACCUGCCGCGGAGCCCCGUGUGCAUGGAGUUCCAGUACCAAGCCACGGGAGGCCGCGGGGUGGCGCUGCAGGUGGUGCGCGAAGCCAGCCAGGAGAGCAAGCUCCUCUGGGUCAUCCGCGAGGACCAGGGCGGCGAGUGGAAACACGGGCGGAUCAUCUUGCCCAGCUAUGACAUGGAGUACCAGAUUGUGUUCGAGGGAGUUAUAGGAAAAGGACGUUCGGGAGAAAUUGCCAUUGAUGACAUUCGGAUAAGCACCGAUGUCCCGCUGGAGAACUGUAUGGAACCCAUCUCAGCUUUUGCAGUGGACAUCCCGGAAAUACAUGGGAGAGAGGGCUACGAGGAUGAAAUUGAUGACGAGUACGAGGUGGACUGGAGCAACUCUUCUUCCCCGACCUCCGGGUCUGGGGCUCCUCUGGCUGACAAAGAAAAGAGCUGGCUCUACACCCUGGAUCCCAUCCUCAUCACCAUCAUCGCCAUGAGUUCGCUGGGCGUCCUCCUGGGGGCCACGUGUGCAGGGCUGCUGCUCUACUGCACGUGUUCCUACUCAGGCCUGAGCUCCCGCAGCUGCACCACGCUGGAGAACUACAACUUUGAGCUCUAUGAUGGCCUCAAGCACAAGGUCAAGAUGAACCACCAGAAGUGCUGCUCGGAGGCCUGACGGACUGCACCCAAAUCGCAUCUGACGUUUCAUUCCAGCAAGAGGGGCUAGUGAAGAUGACAAUUUUUUUUCCUUUGGAAACUGAAUGCCAUAAUCUUGAUCCAACCGAUCCAGAAUACUGAAGGUGUGGACAGAACAGACAGGCAAGUCGAGGGAGGAGGGGAGAUGCAGCCUUUCAGUGGGUUGUGACCCACCUAGGACCGUGUGGCUGACUCAUUGCUGGGACAAAGACAGGAGCUCAUCUCUUUGGGGGUCACAGUUCUAUUUUGUUUGUGAGUUUGUUAUUAUUAUAUUUCUUUGGUCUAUGAGCAACUCAAGAGGCAGAAGAGAAUGACUUUUCCAGUAUAGAGUAGAGCAGGGAUCAAUAGUCUCUGCUUUCUCUUUUUAAUCAACACUUGGAAAGCAAAGGGUCUUUUCAGACUUUCCAUCCUUAGGAAAAAAAAUUCCAAAACAAAGCCGUUCAGUUUAUCCCAUCCUCUGAUCGUCUUAUGACUUCCGGGAUUUGCUGUGGUAUAGCUUCUGCCAGCCAACUUGACAAGCUGCCGUUUCCAGUCCUAGCAUUUCAGUAGGAUGUUGUUGCCUUUAACUUUUUUUAUCCAGGGGAAAAUUGCCAUUUUAGGGUCAGCAUGAACAGCUCUUUCUUACAUGAGAUUUGAAACAAACCAGAAAGGAAACUUCACACGUCAAAAUCCAUAGAAGCGCCUCCGUGUUAGAAGCGGACAAGCCUUAACGUGCUUUGUGAAUAGGAGCCAUUCAUUCAAUCUAGACCCAGACUUUGUGGCUGUGAGGCUACUUUGUGGGGCCUCUGGUGGUGGUUUUGCUUUUCCUUUUCCUUCCUCCUUGUUCUUCUAAAACAUACACACAUGCACACACACACACACACACACACACACGCACCAUACGCACACACACACAAGCACGCACACAUAUAUACACAUGCACUCAUUUGUCAGGUCUCUAAGCCCCAGGAAACAGCAUUAUCUGAUAUUCUCUGAGAUGGGGCUGGGGAAAUAUAGGCUACUAGUAUGUUUCUCCAUCAGUGAGAUGUAACUGGCGACCACUGGCUGGAAAGGUGAACAGUGGAAAGAGAAAAAGAAGUCCAUCCUCUGGGAUCAUGCAAAGGCUGAGAGGACCGUAAGAGACGUUGUGAUAACUCCGUCUCUCCAAUAGGCUAGUAAACACUGACUCCUCCUUGGCAUGACAGCCGCCACCUUAACCUUUCAGAAGCAUCAGAACUAGGAUGUCCGUGAGCUGAUUCUGACCAGAAGUCUGCAAGCACUGCGGACCAAAAUGCUAAUUCUGCUUCAACCCCAGAGAGACCUAUGUUCUUACACACACACACACACACACACACACACACAUUUAUGUAUUUUUUUAUUAAGUGCCUUGAAAGAAAAUGAAGAAAACGUAUUUUCCUUCUACGUAGAAAUCAGUGAAUACCAUACAAGCUAAGGCAUUCCUCUGUUCCCCUUCCCUGACCCAGCGGCUCCACGCCCAGUUUCCCCCGCAUAGCUGAUCCUACCGAUGGAGUAAGCCCUGCCACCCGAGUGUUAGUCAUAGCCCUAGAUGACUCUCAACUGCUCUAGAAGGGGAGGCAUCCGGAAUCGCAUGAAACUGUGUGAAGGAUAAGAUUGUCCACGUCAGGAUCCAAAUCUUGAUUUUGUAGUAACGCCUAAGGAUUGCCUGCGUGCUGGAAAUACAUUUGAAACCCAAACAGUAUGCCCAGCCUAUUGCUUAUCAGUGGUUAAACUGUCAGACCAUUUUUGCUGCUAUGGUCACCCACAAUUUCAUUUGUCUCAUACCCAGGUGUAAGGGGAAGGGUGAAUGGGACCGGCUGUUUCCUUUAAAUGAUAACUUAUGGAAAUGCUAGUUCAGAUGGUAACGUCACAGUGUUCUGUAUGCAGAGAGGGAGAGUUCAAACCGACGGCUAUUUAUUCAUAUGUGUGUGUGUCUUUGCCAGCCUUUGAGUUCUCUGUAUCUACUGUGUAUGUGAAUGGUCACGUGGGACUCAGUGAUGUUGUUGUGACUUUGACCUAGGGCCCGAGAGUCACUGCUGACCUCGGCACUCAUUGGCACAGUGGUAGUUAGAGGUGAAAAGUAAAGCUGUCAAGCCCAAGGACUUAGCUUCAGGCCCCCCUGAGCUGGGUGUGCGGCAGAAGCAAGUUCUUAAUUAGCCCACCUUCCUCUUCGGCUUUCCGUGUAACUCAGUGUUCAGGAAGCUAGCAAGUCCAGGGGGUUCCAGAGUUAGCCUGCAGAAGAAGAGAGUUCAAAAGCCAGCACGGGGUGGGGUGAGGGGUACUUCCCUGGCGGUCCAGUGGUUAAGACUCGGCACUUCCACAGCAGGGGGCACGGAUUCAACCCCUGGUCGGGGAACUCAGAUCCCACAUGCGUCGUGGAGCAGUCACACACACACACACACACACACACACACACACACACACACGCAAAGCCGACGCCGGAGGUCCUGGCCCUCUCAUGUCCCUUGGGCCAUUUUACAACUCCCCAAAGACCAGCCCUGCCUCUGGCCUGCAGUUCACCUCUGAGUUAUGUACAGCUCAACCUGCAUCCCUCUAAAGUCCUUUAUCCAUAUUCACCAUUGGCUGGUUUGAGGCCCUGCGUGGGCUCUGAAUGCUGAACAAAAGCAGGGCAUCCAGGGCUAUGUGUAGAUACCUCACCAGCACUGGAGGCUGGUCUGCUGGAAGACAGAAAGACAGUGGGGCCUGAUUAUAACCUGACCAGGGGACACCCCGGUGCAUUGGUUGUCUCUAUCUGCAGGUAGGCUAGCUGACCCCUCUCCUUGAGUCCUUCCCUUUGGGAAACCCUACUCACAGUAUUGAUCUCCUUUUUUGCCUUGUACUGAAUGACACGUUACCUCCACGCUCUCCCGGACUAGGCGGUCAGCAGGGCCACAGGGCUGCUUCCUCUCUUCGGUGGGGAUGGGGAGUUGACGGGGUGAGGGUCCGAGGAAUGAGCAUGAAUGGCAAGAACACAAGGGAAAAAGUUAAACUGUCACACAGAAGGUUAACUUUUCCAAGGUUUGCAGUUAAAGGUAUUUGACCAUUCGCUGGCUGAGCCAGAUCAAGGGAACUUGAGAGCUUUUACUGUGAUUCUUCAAUGUAAAAAAUAAACAACAAUGUCAAACUGUGUUUAUAUGAUUUGUAUAAAGCCUUUUUAAGAUUACUAUUUAAAUAAACAUUAUACCAGAGA